CCCGCGGGGUCUGUGGCGGAAGUGACGCCAAGCCCGCUGGCGUAACAAAGCUGAGCGCGGGAGGCGCUGCUGGCUGACGGCCCUGGGCACGUGCUCCCGGCAGGCUCUGCGCGCCUGCGCACCUUCCACGGGAGAGAGGAUCUCUGGCCCGAGGUGGCCGCCCGAGGCGGCGUUUGAGGGCCCACGGUACACACAUAUGCAAGAUAACCUAAGGUCGCGAAGGAGCCAAGCGACGCUUGCCCGGUUCUCCAGCAGCGAGCGGUCGCGCGUGUGUGCCAGGCUUCCUCCUCCUGGCUCCCCAGCCCGCAGGACAAAGGCUGCGGUGUCGGCCACGCCACUUAGGGAGGCAGCAUUGGCCACGCAACCGGAGAUCCCAGCAGUAGAAAGCGUGGGCAGUGGUCGCCUCGCUAGACCCGGGUGGUCAGCACAGGAGAGUCGAGGGCCCAGGAAUCUGUUUUUCUGCAGCUGUCCAGGUGAUACUGAUGGCUGAUUUCCUGAGCAGAAACAGCCACCAUACUGCCAUCUGUGUUCUGCCCACGUCUGUCAGCCUCACCACUGCAGCGUCCCUGCACCCACGUCCAACUGCCAGCAGCUGUCUCUUUCCUGGGGUUUCUUGGACUGUUAGAACAGAGACUGAAGUGCCAGAGAAUUAAUGGCGAUACAUGCUGUUCUCCACCAGUGACUGAUGGGAUUCGUGGGUAAGUGACCCAGUUCCCCCAGCCAUCAGUGGGGUGACUUUGAGGCCCAUGUUGCUUACUAUUUUGCCAAGUUCCAUAGUGGAUUUAGGCUCCAGCUGCCCAGAGAGGUAACGGAUUUGAUAAUGCACCCCUUAUCAGUUCUUUCUCUUCCCUAUCAGCUUCCCAGUCCCCUACUGGGGUGUCCUAGGGUCCCCCUCUCAAGGCAACUACUUAUGCUUCCACAGCAGGGUUCAUCCACUAUAGACAUCCUGGGCCAGAUGAUUCCUUGCUCUGGGGGCUUUCCUGUGCAUUGUAGGAUGUUUAACAGCAUCCCUGGCCUCUACUAACCAUCCAAACUAAGACAAUAUCAAACGGACAUGUGGCCCAACUCUCCAGAAAGAGAAAUGGCCUGUGGAUCGUAGGUUUUCACGUCUUUCCUAUAAGGUAGUCUCUUUAGUGUCAAACAGAAAUAAGAUGAAUGUUUCGUUCGAUGGAUGAAAUUAAUUCCUAUGUUUAUUCAGUGAACAGUUACCGAGCUCUUACUCUAUGUUAGCCACCUGGUUGAGGACCUAAGACACAGCAAUAAAUAAAAAUAAAACAGAUGCAUACAUAAAUGAAAAUAAGAUUUAAAAAGUAACAGACAAAUGACCCACUGUAAUGAAGCUCGAUAUCAUUUUUGAAAAAACAAUGGAGCUUCCUCUGAGAUAGUAGACACAGUGCCAGUGGUUCUCAAAGUAUGUUCCAUUGAGCUCUCAGUUUGAGUAAAGGAACCUUGGAGGCUGCUGUCAAGAUAGUGUAUCGAAAUGAGGAACAUCGCACAGGCCAGACCUAACUCAGGAUGCCAAAGCAUUACAGGGACAACCUGCUGUAUGUUCCACAGCCAAAUGUUCACGAACCUCAGAGAAUUGAUAAAUCACCACCAACACGUAGGCCACGCAGAGGCAGCCCACGGUAGUCACAACCACGGGGUUAUCUUCAAAGGUGGCAAAGAGCUCGGUGGUCUGGCGGACGUCGAUGGCAUUGGGCAUCACCAGGAACGUGCUUCCAAAGAAGAUGGGAAAGCUGAGAGAGGUACGGCAACCUGCCCAAAGUCACCUGCCCAGUCCUGAUGAAGUGGAAUUGGACCCAAGUCUGUCCAACAGCACAGCCCACGCCCCCAUCGGCUACACCAUCCCUCUUUCUGAGCCUCGGGCCUCUGAGGACAGCCUGCCGGGCACUCCAGGCCAGCAGCGUGGGCAUCAAACAGCUGCCGGGAGUGAGGACGCGGGGAAGGUCACAGCACAUCCAGGGCCUUGUUCACGAGGUGUGGGUCUCAGCAAACAUCUAGCACCCCAAGCUCUUUCUCAGCACCUGCUUCCAGAGAACCCAGCCUAUGACAGCUCUUUCCUGCCAGUCAAGGUGUGAGCUCACCAGUGGGCACGUGUGUUUAUCCCAAAGCUGCUUAUGUCCACAUGUGUUUGUAAAGUUGAAGAAGAAAACAGAAGUGACACCUGACUUCUGAAAGCACCCCCAAGUUCUACCUCGAUGUUCUCCGACAGAUUCUUCACGGGUAUGAGAUGUCCACUGGGGCUGGUCAGACAGAGGCCACCAACAGUUCCACUGACAUCAAAGUGACUUCCGGCUGGGAAAGGGCUCGUUGGGAAACUCAUCAUCUGAAACCAAGAACACAGAGUGCUGGCCAAGGCCCCUGAAGGCUGGAAGGUUGUGUGGUGGGCAGAAGAAUGGCCUCCCAAAGAUGUCCACAUCCUAAUCUCUGAAACCUGUCAGUGUGUCACGUCACAUGGCAAAAGGGACUUUGGCAAAAUCGCUUUGGAGUUUUAAUUAAGUGAGAGGUUCUGCGAUGGGAGUGUAUCUGGAUUAACCAGGUUUACAAAGAAAUUCAAGAGGUCAACCAAGUUACAAAAAGGAGGAGGAAGAAGAAGAGGGCAGGAGGCGAUCUUAAAAUUAUCUCAAAACAUCGAAGCUCACUCAAAAGUCACUUCCUGUACAAAGGCCUUCCCAGCUCCCAGAGGGAGACAGGCCCCUGUUCUGGGAGAAACGGAGCCUAGCAGCUCAGGGGAGAGCACAGCCCUGGGGCAGUACCUGACUCCAGACAGAAGCAGUACUCCAGGGGACCCAGGGCCGAGGAUGUGUCGCAGAAGAUGGCGAAGCUUGUCAGAACGGUACCCUCCUCCGGAGUGAUGGUGCAGGCCUCCACAGCACCGCGAAGAGCCCACAGUUACCUGCACCAGCAUCCCUCACCACCUGAUACUUCAAAAAGAGUAUGUGCCUGGAAGAGCUGGGCAUGAAGAGAAUUUUAAUCGGUUAAAAUGAAUUCCUUAGCCUAGACCUAACUCAGAAAGUUUGGGGCAAGGCUUGGAGUGUGCGUUUUAAACCAGUAUCCCUGGUUGUCCCAGUGUGGGUGGUCCGUGGGCCACUUUGAGAAAAACCGAACCAACUGAAUCCAUCUGGAAGAGUAAUCCCCCAUUGUUUGUCUUUUUGAGAAUCUACAUUUCCCACCGUACUGGCUUGUUUAAGCCUGCUCUCAGUCAACUCCAUGGCCCUAGACACUAGGAGGCUAAUCUCUGUGGACUGUGUCACCCACAUUCCUGUGCCGGCUGGCUUCUGCUUGGGUCCAGCAAUGGGAGGCAUUGGCUGGGGAUCAGAAGAAAAAGCAGCUGGCUGGUGAGAUGCCCCUCCACAAUUGGUACCCUACCUUCUUCCCCACAGCAGUCUGUGCCAAGGGUAGUCGCACCAUAAGGCACAGAAUGGAGACAGACCCUAUCUGAUCCACCUGGCUCUCCUCUGGAGAUGGGUCACUGGACGGUUCUCGCACACUGGAAGGAGCUGUGAACACAAUGAGAACAGGCGUCAGACUUUGGCAGAAGGGCCAAUAACCCGGAAGGAAGAAAUCAAGAGAAGUAAUUGCUGCCUCUGAUCCUGCCAUGAAUUAGCUGAGUGACUUCUGGAAAGUCAGUUCACCUCUCUGGGCCUCACAUUCCCUCUGUGCCACGCGGUUUAGCCCAGCAGGCUUCUGUCCGGAUCUCAAACCAGACCUGUGCCUGGAAUAAAGAUGCUGCCUCAGACUCACCUCCAUCAAGUACCACCUGAAUCCACAGAGGUUCCCCGAAGACAGUGCGGCAGAGAGGGCUGGCUCCCAACGUCGACAGGCCGGAGCACCCAGUCACGCUGAGCCUUUCCGUCUUGUCUUGGAUUGUCACGUGCUUCUGAGCCAUCACAUGCCACUCACUGGUUGUGCACUCGGCGAACACAAUAAAUUCCCCAGGGGCUGUGAACUGGUGGGUCACGUUGCUGGAUAAACUGCCAGCAAUAGUUAGUGUUGGCCAUGUUGGGGACGCACAAACACAUGCAUUCACACACGUGUGCACAUAUGCACUCACCUACCUUGCACCUCCCCUGCCCUGCAAAGAUAAACAGGUGAAGAAAGAGAUGCUACGUGACCAAGCCCUUGGUGUUCACAAAGGUUACGUUGAGAUGUCUAGAGCAGGUGGGAGUGGAAGAAAUAGCAGUGACCAAUCAGGGACUUGAAUAUUUGGUUACACGUCCUUUUUCUGCUAUUUAUUCCCUCUGUGGCUCACUUAAAUCCCCCUCGUCUGUAAAAUGCUAUGCCCCAGCCUACCUUUCUGAACCAUAUUUUCCCCAUCUGUAAAAUGGGGUCAUAUUCCAAAUGUAUCAGAAUGAUAGAAGCUUGGCUUCUCAUUUCGCCGAGAGAACUGAUUGAAAAUCGCCAAUGUGGCCCAUAAAGACCAUCAAGUCCCUUCUUGACCUCACCCCCAUCUCCUGCCACACCCCUCCCAGCUGUAUGUCCGCUCUGCCCUCUUUUCGGUUCCUGGAAUGUGCCACCUCCCGUCUGCCUCAAGGCCUGCAGGUGUGCUGUUCUUUGCUGGGAAGGCUCUCGGCUCGUCUCUCUGCUCACACUCAUGCUCUUCCUUUGGUGCUCAGCUUAAACAUCACCUCCUCAUGGAAGCCCUCCUUAGGUUCCCCAUAAAGGCAAUGCUGUAGCUCGGCUGCUUCUCCUGGGUGACACUCAUUCCUUGUGUGCUUGCUCUGCCACUGGCAUUCUUCCCCGCUAGGUCGUCUGCACAGACGGUGUCUGUCUAGAUCUCCGUUAUAAAUCCGGCACCUAACACAGCGCCUAGCAUAGAGGGCGUGCUGAGAAAUAUUUGACAAAUGAGCAUAUUUGUGAAAAGGCUUGCAAAACGGUAGCUGGAUUUUUGGUGCCUGCCAAGAGUAAAGCCACCACCUGUCUCUUCCAUUGAUUACGACUUUAGGCAAAAUUCAAAAAGAAACUUGCUGAGGACUCUGAAAAGUAAACAACAGCAGACAGAUUGGGGAGGAAAGCCCAGGCUUUAAGAAUUACUCGUAAAAAUGGGACUUUCCUGUUUCGUGUCUUUUUUCUUUUUUAAUCUCCUUUAUAUCUUGGCUUUGUCCCUAGGGUACCCUGAGUCAUGGAACUGUACAAUGAAUGAAGAAAACAAAAACCCCAAGAGAAAUCCCCUCUGUUUAGCCAAGAGAACCAGGAAAAGAGACCCAAUCGGAUUCCCCAUUAGCUCAUGUUGUUGGUCUGCAGUAGAGAUGAAGUGGCCCAUUUAGGUCUUAGCUUAUCAUGACUUAAGCAAAAGUAGGAUGCCGUACAAACACAUAAAAGCACAGCGACAUUCACUCAAGAAAACAUUCCCACAUCCAUGAGAGCAUCUUUUUCACAUCAUUACCAACUCCUUGGACAGUGACCCAGGAGAGAUUCUACACAGAGCGAACCCAUAAGGACCCAGCUCUUCAAGACUGUUCACGUGGCCUCCAUAGUGAGAAAACCUGUGCAUGCCAUUUCUGCACUGGGAAAAGAAAAGUGGCCAGAAUGUGGUUCUUUCCCUCGAGGAGUUCACUGUCUAGGAAGGAAGACAGACACCUAAAAACUUGAAGUCAUGCCAAAAAUACCCUCACAGAGGUGUGGACAAGCCCUACAGGUGCAUAGAAGUCUCAGCAGACCAUGCUGGGGUUGGAGGAAGUUGCCCUCACAGAGUCAAAGGUUUUGCUUCUUCGCCUCAUGACUGCUUUGUGGAUGCAACACAUUCAUGGAGAAAGUGGCCUCAGGAAAGGCUCUGCAUCGCUGCCGGAGGUGGCAUGGCCAACUUGUGCAAACGUGUGUGACUUGGGAGGAAGCCCGGGAGACACCUGACCCGACUUGGGGCCGAAGCCCUGCCGGGCAGCACCUCCGUCGAUCCCCUGCUGCCCUCUGGCUCCCUGCGUCUUCCUGUUUCCCUCUCAGCAACCCCAGCCUGCAGGCCCCAAGUGUGUGGACAUCCCCCCUGUCCCUCUCCUGCGUGCCCUUUUCCUCUGGCCCCUCCUUGCCUCUCCUGCUUCUCUCCUGCCACAGCCCCACCCCUCCAAUAAUCCGGAGCCGUGUGGGAUGGAAUGCCGUGUGGUACCUCUGGGGCUGCCCCCUUUCCAGGAGCGUGCUGCCUGCCUUCUCUACUUGGCCAGCUCCCAGCCACCCUUAAACUUCUGGCUCAGCAUCACCGUUUUCGGGAAGCGUGGACGUCGCCUCUCUUCAUCAUGCCCCUCGGCCUUGGAGGAUCUUCCUGUGUCACCUGGGAUGUCCCACUGCUCCCGUUGGAAGGGUGGCAUUCCAUAUUUGAGGAACAGGUGAACGAAUGAGUGAGUGAACAAACACAUGGGCUGAUUCGCAUUUUUAUCCUGCCAACCAUGGAUUCCUCCGACACUUGUACCCUCUAUGCUGGCCCGUCACGCAGCCAUCGCUGCCUCUGUCCACCUCGGUCAUAUACACAUGCCAUCUUAGCAACUCUCCUGCUAUAGCUCAGCACUCAGUAGAACUUUCCCUGGUGAUGGAGAUGUUCUGUCUGCACAUACCAGUAUGGUAGCCACUAGCCACGUGUGCUCUGUGGAACCUUCGAAAUGUGAGCGAGGAAUUUAAUUUCAUUGUAAUUAAUUGAUAUUUAAAUUCACAGCCACGUGUUCCGAGUGGCUACUGUGCUGGACAACGCAGCUAAGCUCCCACGUUAAUGCCUUCAUUGCACACGGUCUCUUGACCGAGAGAUCACUGUCCACAGUUUGAAGCCCAAAUUCUUACAUCCCCGCGCGAUCCAACCCCUGAACCACUUUCCGCUCCCGUCUUGGCAGUAGUGGAGACCAACCGUGAUUGCAAGUAUGGCCUCGGGAGCCAAGCAGCUUGGGUUCGAAGCUCAGCUCCGGGGUGCUGCCCAGAAGCGGAGCUGGAGAGGGAGCUGGAGACAGAGUAAGACGGUUAAAGACUGACCAGGACUCCCGGUUGGGGAAUUUGACCUUUGACCAAGGAUAAGUAAGGCCAGUACAGUGCGAAGAGACACCAGGCUCUUGUGGCAUCUGGAGGAAAAGAGAUGUAAGCGAAGGAAGCUGCAGGAAAGCAGAAAGGAGAGAAAAGGAGGAGCCGAGCAGUUGCCUGGAACACAUCGGAGUGUCUGCUCACCGUCCACAUCGCCACCGCCCAGCGCCCCAUGCGAUGGAUGUCAUAUUUGGCAGAAAUAAGAAGGAGCAGCUGGAACCUGUGAGGGCCCAAGUGACAGGCAGGAUUCCAUCAUGGCUGCAGGGCACUCUGCUUCGCAAUGGGCCCGGAAUGCACACAGUGGGGGAGACCAGAUACAACCACUGGUUUGAUGGCCUGGCUUUGCUCCACAGUUUCACGAUUAGAGACGGUGAAGUCUAUUACAGGAGCAAAUACCUGAGAAGUGAUACCUACAAUGCCAACACCAAGGCCAACAGGAUUGUGGUGUCAGAGUUUGGAACGAUGGCCCAUCCAGACCCCUGCAAAAACAUAUUUUCUAAAGCUUUUUCCUACUUGUCCCAUACCAUCCCUGAUUUCACAGACAACUGCCUGAUAAACAUCAUGAAGUGUGGAGAAGACUUCUAUGCGACCACAGAGACCAAUUACAUCAGGAAAAUCAACCCACAGACUCUGGAAACCCUGGAGAAGGUGGAUUAUCGCAAUUACGUGGCGGUAAAUCUGGCAACAUCGCAUCCUCAUUAUGAUGCGGCUGGAAAUGUUCUUAAUAUGGGCACAUCCAUCAUGGACAAGGGCAAGACAAAAUAUGUGAUCUUUAAGAUCCCUGCCACAGUACCAGAGGACGCGAAGCGGAAGAACCCGUUGAAGCACACAGAGGUGUUCGGUUCCAUCACCUCCCGCUCGCUCCUCUCCCCGAGCUAUUACCACAGCUUCGGAGUCACCGAGAACUACAUCGUUUUCCUCGAGCAGCCUUUCAAGCUGGACGUCCUCAAGAUGUCAGCUGCGUACAUCCGGGGAGUGAACUGGGCUUCCUGCCUGGCUUUCCACAGGGAGGACCAGACUUACAUUCACAUCGUCGACCAAAGGACUGGGAAGCCCGUGCCGACCAAGUUUUACACGGACCCCAUGGUGGUGUUUCAUCACGUCAACGCCUACGAAGAGGACGGCUGCCUUGUGUUUGACGUCAUCGCCUAUGAGGACGGCAGCCUUUAUCAGCUCUUCUACUUGGCCAACCUGAACCAGGACUUUGAGGAGAACUCCAGGCUCACCUCCAUUCCCACCCUCCGGAGGUUCGCCGUGCCCCUCGAUGUGGACAAGAAUGCAGAAGUGGGAUCAAAUGUAGUCAAACUGGCAUCCACAACGGCAAGAGCCCUGAAGGAAAAAGAUGACCGAGUCUACUGCCAGCCUGAGCUGCUUUAUGAAGGCUUAGAGCUGCCUCGGAUCAAUUAUGCUCACAACGGGAAGCCCUACCGCUAUGUCUUUGCAGCCGAAGUUCACUUGAGUCCCAUCCCAACCAAGAUCCUGAAAUACGACAUUCUCACAAAGUCAUCCUUAAAAUGGGGACAGGAGCACUGCUGGCCAGCAGAACCCCUGUUUGUCCCCAUGCCGGGUGCCAAGGGCGAGGAUGAUGGAAUUAUCUUAUCAGCCGUCGUCUCUACCGAUCCCCAAAAGCUUCCUUUUCUGCUUGUUCUGGAUGCCAAAAGUUUCACAGAACUGGCUCGUGCGUCCAUUGACGCAGAGGUGCACCUGGAUCUCCACGGGUUAUUCAUCCCGGACGCAGACGGGGACACGAGGGAGCAGGCCCCUUCCCAGGAACAGCCGGACAGGGUUCCAGACUGCCAUGUGGCCCCAUGGACCUGAGUGGGUUGGGCCUGUGGGCUCGCUUCCUCUCUGGGCGAAGGGGGAUCCUUCAUUUCCUUUUGACCUUAUGCUUUCUGUGGUGGCUUUGAGACAAAGGUAUGGAAAUAGUGUCUUUUCUUUUGUCUUAUUUUGGCCCUAAAGCCAUUGUUUGAAAGUGGAUCAAAUAUGUAUUGAUUAGCUUAAGCAUUUCCAAGAAAGCCCUUUUCCUUUCUUAUAAAACCAUGCCCAGAAAUUGUAUUAAGGCACAUAAUCAUCCUUCUUAGAAUGAGCAACCACUGAUAUACCAGAGAAGAGGCAGGUAACUAUUUGUCAUUGCUCCUUCCUCCUGCCCCUCGUCUCCCUCUUUCCAGUAGACUAGACUGUGCAUCUGGGAGAUCUAGAUUUCUCAACCAUGCGUCGUUAGUAAAAUCUGUGGCCAGGAAGGCAUAUUGCCUUGUGGUCAUUCCAUGCAAGGCAUGGCAUAAUGUAAAAUAAUGAAAGUGUUAAAGUCUGUUCCAACCUUAUUUAAUUUUUACGUGGCUUCUUUUCUCUGAAGUUCUUCUAAGGCAAUAAAAUAGAGUGCAGUUCGUAGCCAGCCAGAUGCCCCAGUACAACAGAUUGGGACAGCAGAUUGGUGUGGCAGUCCCCUUUGCAGGAGAGGGUUAAGGAGCUGGAUGGUGACCCAACUGGCCAUGGCCAAGGGGCUAGAAUCCAGGACCAAGGCCCAGGCCAGGGCUGGCAUGAGGAGUUCUUGCCUAAUGCUGAGAACCAGGGCAGGGAGCCCUGCCAGUGUUUGUAGGGGAGAGAAGGCUCCCCAAGCUUAAUGUGCUGCUGGGAUAGACCAGGUGUUUGGGCAGAGAUGGAAGGAGGUUGGUAGUAGGGAUGAUGGAAGCUUGGAACACGCCAAGAAGGGUCCCACGUGAGUACUGGGAACCCCAUGGACAUUUGAGUCUCACCUUUAUAGUCCAGUGGGUUUGUGGUAUAGAGACCCAAAGGCAGGCAAGAUAAUCCCCAAGGACCCAUGUCAUAGGGUCAGAGAAACUGGGAUUCCACCCUUAUUCUGCACCUGCCUCCUCUCCUAAAUCUGGAUUUCACUCAGUCACCAGUAGAGAUUCAGUGACAUGUAUUGAGACAGGAAGGAAUGAAUCUCUGGUGACAUUGCAUGGAAUACCCCAGAGUGGGCAGAGCUCUGAAGGAUGGUCUGGACUUUUACCCUGCAAAAACACCAUGAGGCCAUAUUUAGCUCCCACUGAAAUGCAGGGUCCAUCAGGUCUGGGGGUUGGGUUUUGUUUUGGGGGUGUUUUUUGGACAUUUUUAUUUAAAUAAUUGAAGAUUCAUGUACGCGUGUAAGAAAUAAUACAAAAGAGAUCCCUCAUGGACUUUACCCAUUUUUUCCAAUGGUAACAUUAUAAUAGUUAUCACAACCAGGAUAUGACAUUGAUUCAGUCCAUACAUCUUUUUCAGAUCCCCCCAGUUUUAUUUGUAUUCGUUGGUGUGCAUGCUUAGUUCUACGCAAUUUUAUCAUGCGUGUAGAUUCCUUAUUCCACCACCAUGAUCAAGAUACCAAAUGGCACAUCAACACGAGGAUUCCGUGGGGUGCUUUCUUAUCACUAUACCUACCUGUCUCCCACCAUGACCUUCCCCCAUCCCUAACCCAUGGCAACCACCAUUUCUAAAAUUUUAUCAUUUGAAAACUGCUGUAUCAAUGGAACCACCAGUAUUAACUGUUGGGGAUUGACUCUUCUCCACAGAAUUGCUUGCAGAUUCAUCCACAUUGUUCUAUGUUGGGUGUGUUUUGUUCACUACUGUAUCUUCGGCACCUAGAAC